GUGGUGCCGACAGAGUCUCUCCUGGAGAAUUUAGUCAUGCUACUGUGCUGCAUCACCACGAGCUGGCCGUGUUUGUUGCUUGGCGACGAGGGCGGGAGUAAGACCAUGUCAAUCAGUCUUAUCACGGGCGCAAUGAAGGGGCCUUUGUCACAGACGGCGUUCUUCAAAAAGCUUCCAAGGUUAGAGAUCUUCCGUCUCCAGCUGGGCGCUGGUACGACCGCAUCGCACAUCGAGAAGUUGACUGACUGUGUCGGCGCGUGGUUGAGUCGCCAAAGUAGCGACGCUGAAAAAGAAGCAUCCGAGCAGACCGAAACGUCGCUAGAGAACGUGACCCUCGGGCAUUCGCAUCGUGCGCUGGUGAUUCUGGAGGAGCUGGGUAUGGCGCGGCUGUCUCCAUCGAAGCCUUUGAAAGCCUUGCACCACUUGCUCGACCGCCCGAAGAUU